CUGGGAUGACAUUCAAAAAUGGCAUCCCGCGAAGAAUGGUGCGCUGACAAAAUAACAAAGCUCUUAAACGAAGAAUUGCGUAUUACAACUUUGAAUGAAAUUAAAGACCAUUUCACAUCUGUUCCUCAAGAUGAGGCAGCAAGAACAGCCAAUAUCCUUCAGCUACCUUUGGUGUUUGAUUGCCUGAACAAUUCCAACACGGAACAAGUCGAUUUGGCUUGCGAGGUUCUUUCGCUAUGUAUGAACAACCUAAAUUUAGGUGAGAGCACAAGCAAAUAUGGAGUUUCCCUUGAAAGAGCUCUAACUCACCCUUACGCCUCUGUAAAAUUAAUGUCUUUGACUGAAAUUGAAAGAAGUCUGACUGCAGAGCAAGUUAUUAAUGAGCUUUGCCACAGAAAAACACUGGUAAUAAAUAUUGUAAGAUGUUUAGAAGGUGAUGACCUGGCAGUUGUAAAAAAAUCAUCUACUAUAUUAACCAAGAUAGCCACCACAGAAAUGGGUAUUAAUUUACUUGUAUCCAGUGAUAUUUUGGUUGUUAUCUAUGAAGUUAUGACUGCAUCUGAAGUUAUUCGCUUGAGAGUUUAUGAGUUGGUUGUCAGCAUUUCCAAAGAAUCAGAGGAAAAUUUUAUAAUUUUACAAUCAACAGGCCUUGUAAACCAAAUUCUUGAAGAACUGGACAACAAUGAUAUUCUAUUAAAAAUGAAUAUUCUUGAACUGUUAACUCAGUUGGGCACAAGCAGGCAUGGAUAUACUUAUUUGGAAUCAAAUGGAAUAUUAAAUAAAAUGUUUCUUUUGUUUGAUGAAAAUCAAGAUCCUGUGGCUGUUCAGCUCUGCGAACCAGGAGUUUUAAAGUUUUUUGGUCAUAUUGCUCAUUGGAGACCUAUAGAAGUUCUUUCCAAGUAUCCCAAGUUUUUUGACAGACUUUUUUCAAAUUUGGAAACUGGUAAUUUAACUAUUGUUUCGGUUUCAUUAGAUACUUUAGGGCAUAUUGCUGAACUGAAUGAAGGUAAAAUUGCUUUGGACUCGACUGGAAAUAAGAUGAAAUAUGCUGUUAAAGUAAUAAUUAAACUGUUACCAUCCUUGCCAAAUGAUGUAAGAAUCACAGCCCUUAAUUGUCUAGAAAAAUUGGUAAAAAUUGGAGAAUAUAGAAAUGAAAUUUCUAGUAUUUCUCGCAAGUGGUAUAAUUUAUUUGGUGACAUACCAAUGGAUUUAAUUGUUAAGUAUUCUAAAAACCCAUUUCCUGAAACCAGAGUUGCUGGUCUAAGUAUUUUAAGGGCUGUAUGUGGUCAUUACUGGGGACAUGAAGAUAUUAGAAACACACCUGGCCUUAUUGAAUUUUUAUUGGACAGGUUAGUGGAAUCAGUCAAAGAAUGCAAGGAGGUGAAGUUUGAAAUAAUAAAGAUAUUAUCCACAAGUGAAGUUUUUGAUCAAUCUAUACGUACUAGGCUUCAGACUUAUGUAAAAGAGGGUCCAUUUUACGUUUACACUGUUACUGAAGUGGCUGUUGAAGGCAAUGACUGAUUUUGAUAUUUAUAU